GGGAAUUUCAAUGACUUUCUUUUGUUCCCCCGAAUCCGGCAAUCUGUGCUGCAAGGUGACACUGCAAGUAUACGCAAUGCGGUGUCUGAGAUGCGUGACUCGUCCGCUCCAUUGAUACGGUCACCCAGACCCGACCGCACGACAGCAGGCGACCUCCGUCAUGAUAUAUGAUAGCGCGCCCAUUCCAUCCGGAUCAUCAGCACCCACCGCAAUGCCUUCGGUAGUUGAUCUCUGCCGCAUGCACAAUUGCAUCAGCUUGACUAAGACUGAUCUAGAAGCCCAUGCCACUGCGCAUCGUCCUACGCAUGCGUCCUUCUGGUCUUCUACAACAUGCCAACAGAAGACUCAAACGAAAUUGCCAUUGUAUUCGCCGAGAGCACUUUGAUUUCAAACUACAUAACCAUUGCGCCGCUUGCAUUGAUCAUCUAUGACAGUGUCCUGACAUUUGACAAGGAGAUACAAGUCUUCUGGAGUCGGAAGCUACCUCGCGCAGCCUACCUGCUCUUCGCUCUAAUGCGUCUCACUCUAAUUGGGCUUGUGGUGUCCUCCUUUCCGCUAAUUGUGGGAUGCCAUGUACCUUAUGAUGCGGUUCAGAGAUGUGCUAUCCUAUAUGCAAUAUCCAACUAUGCCAUACUCGGUAUGAGCAUGCUUCUGACUGCGAUCAUCUCAGCUAUGCGUGUAUACGCUGUGACUAGCAGAAACUGGGUCCUCACCUCAUUGACACUGUCCUUCGCUCUCGUCCCUGUCGUCUGUUUACCAUUCCUCAUACAAGACCUUCCGAACGUGGAUUCCGUCUCUCGUAUAUGCGCGAUAGCAUCCGACGUCGUCGUCAUUGGCACGACCUGGAGGAACACCUUUUACGUGGUGAAGUUCAGGCUGCGCGACCAUUGGCCACCGCAACCAACUCUUAGUUGGUAUCUCCUGCGAGAUGGAACGGCUUACUUUGUAGUUAUGCUCAUUCUCAACAUCGUUGACCUGUUCUUGUUCAUUUUCACGGGUGACGACACUGUUACGUUCCUAUUGAUCUAUCCCUUGUCCGCCUUCUUUCUUUGGCGGUUGCUGUUCAACCUCAGAGAAGCGGCUUACACCUCUGGAGGUUUGGACGGGACGUCGGGAUUCCUGGACGUACCUUCACGGGCCAAGUCUUCGACCGUGGUUUUCGCAGACGCUCCUGUGGAAGACGACGAUCCGCACUUACCCACUACCUCAUCAGGAAACAUAUCCGAUGACUGACUCCAAGUCGCUUCAACCAGCCAGUGGACACGAAAUCAAUCGAUACACUGCUUGGAGGUGACGAUAGCAUUGUACAAGUAGAACUUGCGCCGCGACUUCUUCGAUGUCCACCAAGCGGGCCGCUAUCUCGCAUAUGACUACCUUGUCGAAAUAGGUCUGGUAGGAAUACUGUACUAUACAGGAUGGGAUAAUACUGAAAGGCCUUACAAUGAGCCGCAAAUCCGAAGACAGCGGAUUACGAAGUGAUUACCAGA